GUCUACUACCAUUACUACUACUUUAUUUUCUGCUCAAGUGCAUACGUACCAUGGGAUUCAAAGUCGUCAUCGCCGGUGCGUCCGGCACAGUCGGGAAAGCGCUCGUAGCCUACGCACUGGCGCACACCUCGCACACCCUUCUCUGUCUGGACAAGACGCUCCCGCCCUCUUCUCCAGAGCUGUACGGCAUCCACACGCACAGGAUCGAGCACCGGGCUGUCGACCUCUCGGACUACAGGGCAUACCGUGCUGCGCUAGAGGGGGCGGAUGCGCUUGUGCAUCUGGCGGGUAUUCCUAGCCUCAUUAGGGAUAAGUGGACGGAUGGGGAGAGCGCGGCCUUGGUGCAUAAUACGAAUGUUGUGCUGAGCUUUAACGCUCUCCAGGCUGCGGCCGAGGCGGGGAUAAAGCGGGUCGUCAUGGCUGGUAGUAUCAACGCUAUUGGAGGAGUGUACUCUCCCCAUGACCCGAUCUACGACUUCUUCCCUGUGGACGAAACGCACGCUAUCAAAGCCGCCGACGCGUACUCGCUCAGCAAAGCCAUUAUCGAGCUUCAAGCUGACAGCAUCGCCCGCGGUUAUCCGGAGAUGACGAUCACCACCCUGCGGCUGCAUCAUGUUACGCACGAGAAGAUUAUCCCCCCCGAGUGGGUUGCGCGUGCAGGGCGGGACCUGUGGGGCUGGGUAAACGACGAGAGUGCUGCUAGGGCGUUUCUGCUUGCUCUGGAGAGAGAAGGAGGGGGAGCUGAGAUCAUCAACGUUAUUGGGGAUGAUCAUCGGGCGGAGGGACAUGAUGCGGAGGUGUUGGCGAAGACGUAUCAUCCGAAGACGGAGAUAAGGAGGACGGUCAAGGGGGAUAACUCGUUCUACACUAGUGAGAAAGCGGAGCAGCUGUUGGGAUGGAGACAUUCUGGUGGGAGGAUGCCGAAGAAGGACUGAAAGAGGUGGAAGGUCGAGGUGAUGACAGACAGACAAGUCAAAUGCAAUUAAUGUAAUGAUACAAUGCUCAGAACAGGUAGAGAAAGAUAUGU